ACAGAGUCUCGAUAAAAAAUCAGAGGCGACGGGUGGAGCGCCCCACCGGAGCUUACACGAUAUUGGCUGACUCGUGACGUGAGUGUCAGUCUGAUAGCUUGGACGAUCAGAUUCAGAGUUGAUGGACGGCGGCAAAGAAGGAGGAGGAGAAGAAGAAGAGUCUGCGAGAGAGGCGCUUAGAGAUCGUCUCCGACUCUCUUCCAUCUCCAUCGCCCAAUCCCAAGCGCUUCGAGAUGGCAUGGACGUUUCCGAACCAGUCCUGGCCUGCAUUGCCGACUUAUCCUUCAAAUAUGCAGAGCAGUUGGCCAUCGACGUCGAGCAGUUUGUACGACAUGCUGGUCGCAAGUGUGUGAACAUGGAAGACGUCAUCCUCUCCGCGCAUAGGAAUGAGCAGCUAGCUAGAUCACUGAGGUCUUUCUCCAAUGGAAUUAAAGUGAAAGAACCCCAGUCCGAGAAGAAGCGGAAAAAAACAUCAUCAAGAAAGGAAGAGAAAGCUGCUCCGAGCACAAUCCAUGUUCUUGAUCUCUGAUGCAUCGACCGUGUGGGGUUUGUAUCUGAGAAAGUAGGAAAGCAGCUCAUCUGGUAAGAAAGCCUUAGGUAGCUAGCUCGAGGAAUGUACAUUUAGUAACUCAAGCACAACACAUCUUUCUGAACAAUGUUGGAUGACGUUAUCUAGACUUGCUUACUCUUUGCCACACUUAAACUCGGAAGGUAUGCUAGUGACAAUUCUUCGUAUAUAUCUGGAAAUGCAGUAACAUGAUGUGCCUUUGCUUUGAA